UUGAAAGUGACCUGCGUAAGCGAAGAACCACCGUUCCAGGUACUAAAACUCGUCCAACAAACAGUUCCUGAUAACGUUCAUGGCAAUGAAGUACUCGUCAGAUGGGUUUCAACACCUAUCGAUCCACUAGACAUUGGCAUAAUCAAUGGUAAAUAUCCGAGUGUCGCUCCGCCGCCGUGUAUCGGUGGCUCUGAGGGGCUUGGAGUGGUUGAAAAGGUUGGCAUAUUCGUUGUUUCGAGUUCUCGCUUAAACUGGGUGAGUGUGCGAUUCCAGUGA